UCUUCUUCCGCUAGGGAGACGCUUCUGUGGGCCGCCCCGAGUCUCCGCUCCCUGCCCGCCCCGCCCACCUGCCGCUUACCUGAGGGACUCUCGGCUUCCGACAGGAGGCGCGCUUCUGAGACCCGGGCCUCGGCCUCGGCCUCGCCUCCACCGCUGACUUCCUCAGGACCCCCAGCACGGCCUCAGGGGGUAAAUCGAUCAGCUGCUCCCACACGGACUCCGUAUAAAAGUCCACCGUGUGUGCGUUGGAAAUGGACAAGGCUUCCCGCAGGAACUGCAGCAGCUCCUGCAACUUGGCACGCAGCGCGAACAAGUCUUGGGUCACCGGGAGCGAGAAAGAAGCCGCCAUGACGCUCACCCUCCCGGGCUGUAGGUGGCGCAAACGUGGCCGCACGGCGAGGCCUCGGUCGCAAGUGACACAGACCAGAUCAGCGGAACGUCGAUCUGGACGCGGGGUGGGGGGUUGAUUGCUUUCGUCUCGUGACGUAUUUCAACAGCGUCCGUCGUGUUCCGGCGACGCGGGUGGUGCGCCAUGGCGCCGGUGGGGCCGGCCGCGGGCUGGCCGCCGGGCGGUCUUGGGACGCGUAGCGCAAGAGCGUCUUCGGCCGGGUUCAGGAGUAAGGAUGCGAAGCAGAGGACGUGGCGGUCGAACCAUCCUCAGGCGUUUCAGGGGAGCGUUCGCGAGGGGCAAGGCUUUGCAUUCCGAAGAAAACUGAAGAUUCAGCAACAUUAUAAGAAAUUGCAAUGGAGGGAAAAGAAGGGUCAAACCCCUCAGGAAUCCCAGUUCACAGAUCGAUACCCGGAUCAUCUGAAACACCUUUAUUUAGCUGAAGAGGAAAGACUCCGGAAGCAAGUUAGAAAAGUUGAACAGCCUCUGUCAGAAGAACAAACUGAUCAACCUUUGCCACAGGAGCAAUGUGACAUCGAAAAAGCCUCGUCAGAAGAACAUUGUAGUUUUGAGCAGCCUCAGUCUGCAGAACAAGGUAGCAUAAGAGUAAAUUCCUUUACCGUUUCAAAGAAAAAUAAAAAGAAAACGUCAAAUCAAAAAGCACGGGAAGCAUAUGAGCAAGUACAAGCUGAGCGUGCUGCUAAGAGACAGGAAUUCGAGAAGAGAAAACGAGAGAGAGAAGAAGCUCAAAGGCUCUAUAAAAAGAAGAAAAUGGAAGUAUUCAAAAUAUUGAGCAAAAAGACUAAAAAGGGCCAACCAAACCUGAAUUUACAAAUGGAGUAUCUUCUUAAAAAAAUACAAGAGAAUAAUUAAAUCAGACAUGUUCUUAAGGGUUAAAAUAUCUGCUCUCUAUUGAGUUCUUUUGUAUAGGUACUGUACCUCCUAACAGUUAACUAAAUUUGUUAACAUAAAAUGGAUUGUAAAGCUAUACUAAGUAUAAAAUGUUCAAAUACUUUUAUUCUUGUGAAAGAAAAUUUUCUAUGUGUGCCCUACAUAGUAUAAUUUGUUUCUUAUUGAUUUGCCUUUGAAGGACAGUGGUCCAAAGAACUUUCUAUUUGAACAUAUUUAAGCAUGUAAUAUUUUUGUAUCAUGUGAAAUUCAGAUGAAAUAAAAUGUUUUGAAAAUAAG